AAUUCAAUACACUACAAAUACCAUAGUGUUAAAUUGAUGCAAAUACAAAAACCCUUGCAUAAACCCUUCAACAACAGCAGCCAUGGCCGAACAACAAAACUCCCAACUCUCAUCUCUUCGUGCUCUCGAGCUUCGUCUCUUACGUUGCUCUAUUCCAUCCUCAUCCUCUUCUUCUUCCCAUCAAUCCACACCCACUACUUCUUUUUCUCAUCUCCACACUCUUAUUGAACAAGUUCUGCAAUACAUCGAAUCGGGUCAAUACACACAAGCGCUCUCAUCUGAUGGAGCUAAAGCUAUUUUCACCUCACAACAACUGAAUCACAAGCUCAACGAUUAUCCCGAGUCUGCUGAAUCUUUUUACUCAGAAUUUGUGCCUCAGUGUGUUACUCUGUUCGUAAAUGCAAAUGGGAUUGAAAAAUCUGUUCCUAAUAGUGUUGAGAAGUUGUAUAAAGCUGUUCUUGUUAUGGCUGUUGCUGUUGCGGCUCUUCUUGGUUUUACUCAGUGUAAUAUUACUGGGCCAACGGUGAAGUUGCCACCAAUGCCUUUAGGUGCAAUAGUUUUUGGUGAAGAAGAGAUAAAGACUGGUUCUGGUGGAUGCUCAGAAUGGGAAGUGUGGGCGCAAAAGGAGUUAAUGUCAGUUGGUUCUGACUUGCGUGCUAAGUUUUCGAAUUUGCAGUAUAUAACCUUUGCCAAGAUACUGCUUAUGAGGACGAAAGAUCUUUUGUCAGAAGGAAGCAACUCGGGGGUGGAUGGAGCCAGAAGCAUCUCGUGGUGGUUAGCUAGGUUGUUAAUCAUCCAACAAAAGUUGUUAGAUGAUCGCUCGUCUUCUUUGUUUGAUCUAUUGCAAGUCUUCAUGCGUGAAAGUUUGCAACAUAUUGGUUCUCUGGAGAAAACAAGAUAUUAUUGGGCUUCUCUGAUAUCAGAAGAGGAUGCUUCUGCUAUUGUAUCUAUGCUUCAUUUGGAGUCAGGAAUAAUGGAACUUACCUAUGGGCGAGUGGAUGCUUCCAGGGUCCAUUUUGAAUCAUCUGCAGCAACAUCCAGACUUAAUUUUUCGCUAAGUGGGGCUUUGGGCUUUCGCACUGUACACCAGGCGGAACCGAAAGCACAGCUUCUUCUUGUAGGUAGUGCGGAUGGUGAUGAUUCUAGUGCUUCACUUGGUAAUGAUUUCCAAAAUAAGGUUUCUACUCAAGGUGAAAAUGCUUUUCCUCAACAUCCCAGUGAAACUCAUGAAGCAUCUGACAUAUUGAUGACCCCUAGAUUCUUGGAGGAUGAUAAAAAGUUAGAAUGUAGCGCACAAGAUGCUCAAAAUCACAGCAUAGCCUCUAUGCAAUUAAAGCCUACUCAGCAAGCAAUAAUUUUAGCACAAUGUCUUUCUAUUGAGAAGAGAGCUCGGAGUGAUGAACUGCAAAGAUGGGAGAUGGCUCCUUACAUUGAGGCAAUUGAUUCCCAGCAGUCAUCACCUUUUACGCUACAACAUUUGUGUGAUAUAUUACGCAUUCGAUGGGAAUCAACUCGCGGCCGUACAAAGCAGCGUGCAUUGCUGAUGAUGGAUAAACUGGUUCAAGGCAUAAAUGAUCCUUCUCCUGGAGCUUCACAAAGGAUGCAUUGUUGUUUUGGAGUUAGUAUCCCUACGAUUCCUGCAUUGCGCAAGGAGUAUGGAGAUCUGCUAGUGAGCUGUGGUUUGAUAGGGGAAGCUGUUAAAGUGUAUGAGGAUCUUGAGCUUUGGGAUAACUUAAUAUACUGUUAUAGGCUAAUGGAGAAGAAAGCGGCAGCAGUUGAACUUAUCCAAGCUCGGUUAUCUGAAAGACCUUGUGACCCUAGGUUAUGGUGUUCCCUUGGUGAUGUUACAAGUGAUGAUAAAUGCUAUGAGAAAGCCCAAGAAGUGUCUGGGAAUAAGUCAGCUCGAGCACAGCGUGCCCUUGCCCGUAGUGCAUACAACAGGGGGGAGUACGAGAAGUCAAAAGAUCUAUGGGAAUCUGCAAUGGCAAUGAAUUCUAUGUAUCCAGAUGGAUGGUUUGCACUUGGUGCUGCUGCUUUAAAGGCUAGAGAUGUUGAGAAGGCACUGGAUGGCUUCACACGUGCUGUUCAGCUUGAUCCUGAAAAUGGAGAGGCUUGGAAUAAUAUUGCUUGCCUGCAUAUGGUUAAGAAGAAAAACAAGGAAGCUUUUAUUGCAUUCAAGGAAGCAUUGAAGCUGAAGCGAGACAGCUGGCAGAUGUGGGAAAAUUUUAGCCGCGUUGCUGCAGAUAUUGGAAAUUUCAGUCAGGCACUGGAAGCAGUACAGAAGGUAUUGGAUAUGACGAAAAAGAAGCGAAUCGAUGUCGAAUUACUGGAGAGGAUGUUGCAAGAGUUGGAAUUACGGACUGCAACUAGCCAUUCUGGAUGCGAUGCUUUGAGGGGUAGCAGUGACUCUUCCGAGGCGGGCUCCAACAUCAUUAGUGUUGAUCCAUUGACCAGCUCGGACAAAGAUCUGGCAAUAGAACGGGAAACUGAGCACUUGAUUCAGUCAGUGGGUAAAAUCUUACGGCAGAUUGUUCAAACUGGUGGGAAUGCUGAGAUUUGGGGGCUCUAUGCGAGGUGGCAUAAACUCAAAGGAGAUCUUGCGAUGUGUUCAGAGGCUCUUCUUAAGCAAGUCCGAUCAUACCAGGGAUCUGACCUAUGGAAGGAUAAAGACCGGUUUGCAAAGUUUGCACAUGCCUCGUUGGAACUCUGCAAGGUUUACCAGGAAAUAGCUCGGCGUAAUGGUAGCCGUAGGGAGUUGUCUGCCGCUGAGAUGCACUUAAAAAACACAAUGAAGCAGGCCGAGGCUUUCUCCAACACCAAAGAGUAUCAAGAUAUCUUGGCAUGCCUUGAUGAGGUGAAGGCAGCACAAGCUACACCCUGAUCAUAUGCUUUCUGCCUGAGUCAUUUAUUCAAAAGGCGAAAUCGACAUCUCCUGGACAGACAUAUCGGCUAAUACGACAUUUUUCUCUGUGCAAGAUAAAUGAAUAGCUCUUGUUUUCAAGGGAAAAAAGAAGGUCCUCUCUAUUUCAUUCCAAACUUAUGAACCUACAGUUUUUCACUUUCCAGGGCAAAAUUAAUGUUAUGUACUUAAAAGGACAUACAAUUGUAACCCUCUUGAUCAAGUAUGCCGUGAAGAAAUUCAACGUCCAAACGUUGAGACCUAUGCAGCCUUUGAUUCAUGAGGGGAAGAUCUGUAGACUGUAGUAUAUUAUAUGUCAAUGUCUCAUUCUGGAUAAGUGGUUUUGCUAGUUCAUUGUAAUUUAGGUUGGUCAAUGUCAUAAAUAAUUUAUAGAUCUCUCCUAUAUUUUUGAUUGAACAGACAGCUUUCUAUUAAUCAAAAUUUGUAAGUUACAUGAUCA